GAUCGACGAAACAGCUCUGGAGUAUAAACAUAAGCUAAAACUCGCAAUCAGCUGCAUAAUAAUAUAAUCUAUUCGGAUUGGAAUUAAUUUAAAAUGUAUUUCAAACUAAUAUUUCUAAUAGUUAUUUGUAGCAUUUUUAAAGUAAGCUUACAAGGUGACAAGGAGUUUGUUUCACCAGUGUUACAACCUACCCGAAGAGGGUCAAACUGGUUGUUGUAUGCGGGAAAGACAUACUACAAAGGAAUUGUUUUCAAGACUAACUAUUUUAAGGCUACUCAAUUUUGUCGACAACAAGGCAUGCAAUUGUUAAGUAUAAACAACAAUUUGGAAAAUGAUCGAAUACGAACAUUUUUAAAGGACACAGGUGUUUUAACAGGAAUAUACUGGACAUCAGGUACGAAACUAGUUGGAGACAAUCAGUGGGUUUGGUUAUCAACGGGUCAACCUUUAGAAUACACUAAUUGGGCCGACGGUGAACCUUCAGGCUUAAGUCUUGAUAGAAAGAGGGAUGAAAAUUGUUUGGUGUUUGAUUAUUUUAAAGGACUGAAAUCCUGGAAUGAUAUGAAUUGUCACGAAAACCAAUAUUUUAUUUGUGAAUCUGUAUCAGAAUGUGAUAAAGCUCAAAAUUAGGUUCGUGUAUUAAAUCAUUAAUCAUAAAAUAAAGUAAUUAAAAUAAAGGCCUCUAAUG